AUGGUUAGGCCUCCAUGCUGCGACGAAAAGGGCUUGAAGAAGGGGCCAUGGACACCAGAAGAGGAUCAAAAGCUGGUUGAUUACAUUCACAGACAUGGCCAUGGAAGCUGGAGAUCACUCCCCAAGAAGGCGGGCUUGAACCGGUGUGGAAAGAGCUGCAGACUAAGAUGGACUAAUUAUCUGAGACCUGAUAUCAAGAGAGGAAAAUUCUCUGAAGAAGAGGAGCAAAUCAUCAUCGACCUUCAUUCAAUUCUCGGAAACAAGUGGUCAAGGAUUGCUACCCAUCUUCCAGGACGGACCGAUAAUGAAAUCAAGAACUUCUGGAACACCCAUCUCAGGAGGAAGUUCCUCCAAAGGGGUAUUGAUCCAAAAACACACAAGCCAAUAGCUGAACUCAAUUUAAUUGCUAAUCUUUCUCAGAUGCUAUCUGUGGCAGCCUUGCCCAAUUUGAUGAACCCUAAUUGGGACAGUGCUCUUAGGUUACAGGCUGAUGCCACUCAACUAGCCAAACUCCAACUCUUGCAGAACAUAUUACAAUUCAUAAAUACAAGUCCCCUUCCAAGUACUAUAGAAGAAACUGGUCUUUUGGGAUCUCAUGAUCUUAAUCAUACCCAAUUUUCUUCCGAGCUUACGAAUCCAAUUACAACCCUACCACCAAUAGCCAACUCAUUGGCAUGUUUUGAUCAAGUUGGCUCUUAUAACCAAUCAGAUGUUCUUAAUUUCAAUAGUAACGGCUUGAACUACACAUAUUAUGAUGCUCAAACAGAUCAAAAUUCACUUCCUCCAUUAGUUUCAGCCUCUCUAGAGACUUCCUUUAAUGACCCAAUGAAAAGCAAUACGAACCUAACUCAUCUUUCUACUCACUCACCCACCUCCACCUCCACCUCCAAUUCUGUCUUUGAAGCUUGGGAAAAGUUAUUGAUUGAUGAAGCCACCUGGAAAGACAUUUUAGAAUAG